AUGAUAGAGCUGCAUGAUUCCUCAGCCAGCAGAACUGGUGCACCCGGCUUCCAGGUGGGCAGAGCCCCCCUUGGCGAGAAACUGCCGGGCAGCUGGGUUGGCACCGUUGCCCCUUCUCUUUCUGCAGGCUGGAACCUGCCCGCCUACCUCUCCGUCCUCAUCGCCCUGGGGAACCUGGGCCCAGUGAGCGUGGCCCUGACCCACCGCUUCGCCCCCAAGAGGCUGAAGGAGCGGUGGCUGAUCCACGCCAUCCAGGCCUUGGCCACGGCCACAGCGCUCCUCCUGGCCCUCCUGUGGGACCACACUGUGGUGGUGGCCGGGCAGCCCCGCAGCGUGGCCUUCCUGGCGCUGGCCUUCCUGCUGGCGCUGGCCUGCUGCACCUCCAACGUCUCCUUCCUGCCCUUCAUGUACCAGUUCCCCCCGCUCUUCAUCCGCACCUUCUUCAUCGGGCAGGGAUUGAGCGCCCUCCUGCCCUGCGUGCUGGCCCUGGGGCAGGGCGUGGGGCAACUGGAGUGCCUCAAUGCCACCUGGGGGAACGCUUCGCAGCCGCGCUACCUGCGGGAGAACUUCUCCGCCGGCACCUACUUUGGGCUGCUGGUGGCCCUGCUGGUGAGCUCUGCACUGGCUUUCCUGGCCCUGGUCCUCUGGCACGGCCGCCAGGAGGGCCCGAAAGAGAGGGUCCCUCCGGAGGGGGGGACAGGCCCGGAGGAGGUCUACCCGUUGCGUGACGACAGCGACCCGGCCUUGCAUGACGGUAUCACCGAGGGGCCCCCCGGCAGGGACUCUCCCCCUCUGCUGACCUUCUGGACCGGGAGGAACAUCUACCUGCUGGGGCUCCUGGGGGUCUCCAAUGCCCUGACCAACGGGGUGCUGCCCUCCGUGCAGAGCUACUCCUGCCUGCCCUACGGCAACACCGCCUUCCAUCUCUCGGUGGUCUUUGGCAACAUCGCCAACCCCGUGGCCUGCUUCGUCGCCAUGUUCCUCCUGAGUCGGUCCUUGCUGGCCCUGAGCAUCAUCUCGGCUGCCGGAUGCGUCUUUGGGGCCUACCUGAUGGGGCUGGCAGCCCUCAGCCCCUGCCCCCCACUGCAGGGCAGCCACGUGGGGGUCGCUCUGGUGGUGCUGGCCUGGACCUGCUUCUCCGGCCUCUUCGCCUACCUGAAGGUGGCCAUCAGCAGCCUGCUGCACGAGGCUGGCCACGCGGCCCUGUUCUGGUGUGGGGCCGUCAUCCAGGCGGGGUCCCUGCUGGGGGCCCUGGUCAUGUUCCCCCCCACCAGCAUCUACCACCUCUUCCAGAGAGGACAGGACUGCGUGGACAACUGCAGGGCGUGACUGCGGCCGGACGGAGACCCCGAGGAGGGUGGGGGGGAAAGGAAGUGGACCCUCUGCCCUCCGUGCAGCUGGAGGGAAGGGAAGUGCGCCUCCGUUGUGGAUGUGUGUGAUCCAGAGCUGCUCCAGGAUUUCCGUUUUAUGACCAUUCUUGCUGCUUCUGUUAAGCGAAUCACUGCCUUUGUUAAGUUAGCCACACGGCGGUUGAGCGAACCUGGAUCCCCUGUCGACUUGGUUGUCCGAAGGCCGCAAAAGGGGAUCAGGUGACCCCCAGGGAUGUUGCGGCCGUGGUAAUUGGGGGUUGCUAAGCGCCUGGAUUUGGAUCAUGUGACCACAGGGAGUCUCCCACGCCCACUUUCCCCAUCGCCCUUGUAACCUCAGGUGGUCCCUAAGCGAAUGUUCGCAAGUGGGGGACCCCCUCCUGGCCAGGCCCUCAAGCUGCGCUCCCUGACCACCAGCAUCUUCCCCGUCGGAGUUCUGGAUCUGGGUUGCAAUAGCGCCCCUGCAAGUAGCUUUGUCGGACCUUCGCUUAGUGACGGUUCGUAAGUUGAGGACUGCGUAGUGCCUGUAAAGAAGUUCUGGGGGGGGGCUGGCUCCCCCACAGAGGCCGACACAGCCGAGCCCUUCGCCCCCCACGCACAUCGCAAGGCCUCUGCCCCCCCAUCUCCCCCCCCAGAACUCCUGGAUCCAGAGGGAGGUGGGGGCUGCCCCCCCCAGGCCUUCCUUCGGAGCUUUUGCCUUAAAAAAAAAUGGUUUCCUAAUAUUUGUUUUUUCCUUUUAUGUAUAUUUUUGUACCUUUUUUUAUCUGGUUUGUAUAUUUUGGGAACAGAAUUAAACCUUAUAAUUAAAACCAAAGAUCAUUUUGGAGAGAGCAAUUGUCCCGUCCCGUCCUCCCCCCCCCAGUUCCUCUGCUGGGACCCACAAAGUGGCUCCUUUUCCUGGGGGGGCGGGGGGGACCAGGCCCCCCUCGGCUUCCUGUUCUGACCCAAACCUUGUUCCAAGGAAACAAACACGAAACGGAGAUAACAGCCAAACCUUUGAAUGAUUCUUGACGAAUUCCGUUCCUUCCCGACUCAAAGGCU